AAUUUUAAACAACAAUAUUUAUUUCAUGUAGUGUUAAUUUUCCUUUUAAAAAAUUUCACAGUUUAUGGCGUAAACUCGAUAGAUGAUUUGUUAAGAGAAGAUAAUUAAUCUCAUAGAGAAAUAUGGAUGAAUAUGGUGAGCAAAAACCAGAUCCCUCACUGUUAAAACUCCAGGUUGAAUCGUUGGAACUCAAUCGAACUUUAAGCUUCAAGGAGUGGAUGAACAAACGUACAACCUCUCCAGCAAGCCCGGAUGGCGUUUCCUCGAAGAAGGUACGAUCAUCUGUCGCGCCUCAAACUCAGACAGGAGGACUACUUAUGAUCAAGAUCAAAGAUGUGAGUUUUCUUUUUUCUCUUUUUUUCCCCCUCCAAGUUUCUCAUCACUUUCUUCUAUUGAAUCCUCAAAUUGUAGUUAAGGCUGUCACCUUCUUCUUACCCCGGUUUAUGCAACAGGAGCCGUUGCAAGGCCCGCCUGGACUAUCAUACGACGAGCACCUAGCUUCAGCUGCUCGAGAUUGGAUAGGAACAAGCAAGGCUUCAAGCAACAAAUUUCAGACUCAUCCUCCACCAAAUGAACUGCCAAUUCCAAAUCUUUACACCAAACCUAAUCAAGUUGAAGGGCUAAAACUUCUCCCAGAGGCCGGCAUCCCAACAAGGCCCGAUUCGUUCCUGAAGAGGAAAGCAAGGGACAGUGAACAACCCGAGAAACUCGCCACUCCACCACUUCUUCCCACAAACAAUGACAGCAAGAUGGGGAAGCCCGGGAACAACUUGCUCUGCCACCUCUGCAACGUGAGCUGCUCGAGUGCCCUCACGUUGAAGCAGCAUCUAGUAGGGCGGCCCCACAAGGCGAAGAUAAAAUACAUGAAGAUGAAGAGGGGCACCACCAGCAGCAACACAUGGGGAAGGCAAGGAGGGGAGCCUAGAUGUGACAUCUGCGAAAUCUGGUGCCCCGACGUGGGCUCCUUGCAGAUGCACUUCAAGGGGCAGAAGCACAAGGCCAAGGUCCAAGAAUCGAGCAAGGAGAGAGGUGGGCAGAAAUCUUCGAAGGCGCCUAUAAUCUGUGACGUGUGCAGAGUUCCUUGCAUGGACCAAGAGUUGUUCCAGCAGCAUCUCAAGGGCAAGCAACAUGCUACAAAACAGGAGCUCAAGCGCAGAGGAUUUCUUUGAAGAUCCAAGCUUGUUGCUACUAGCUACCUACUGCAUGCCUCAAGUUAUAUGUAUGUUUUGUUAAAUUUUCAGACCAAAACAACUAUCUGACAACUAGUUUUUCCUUAGUUUUCAAUCAAGAACCUAUGCUGUAAGACGCAUUGCAUGUUAUGAUCUCAAAUUCUGGAUUUUCUUGAUUAA